AUGCAACCAGUGUGGCUGCUCGGUUUGCUGUUGCUGCCCCUGCCACAGGCGGUGGCAAGUGGGAUUGCAGCCCCCAUCGAGUAUCGUGCCCCGAAAUUGAUGCAAGUAGCGCUGCAAGUGCUGGAGAAGUACGUGAAUCCACGCUACAAUGCGCUGGCCAUCAUGGAGUUGUCGCGAUCGCGAGUGAUGCAACGUUAUCACCAUGAGGCGAUCACUUAUUUGCUGCAUCAGCUGCGAGAACGUCGCAUGGCAUUCCAGCUGCUGAUGGACACACCCAUUGAGGAUCCCAGGGAUCAAAUACUAUUCCUUGUCGACUCACCGCGCUCUUUUCGCUCGCUGCGUUUCCAUUUCGCCAAGUCGCUGUUCGACAGGGAGUUCAACUUUUUGAUACUGCUGUCGUGGCCGGAAAAUGGAGCACAUGAAACAGAUAAGCUGAAUGCAUUGCGUGAUAUUUUCGCUACCUGCCUGAGUUUUCAUGUGCUAAAUGCGGUAGUGCUGCUCGAAGAGCCCAAUGGAGUGGUACUGCUGUAUGGCUAUAGGCUUUACGCUCCCGGUUGCCAGGACCGUCUCACUCCGGAGCUACUCGAUCGCUAUGAGAAUGGAGAGUUUCGAUUGCAGCAGCAACAUCAGCUCUUUCCCCGACCCAUGGGCAGUUUCUAUGGCUGUCCCAUCAAUGUGAGCUGGUACCCCUUACCACCGUUCGUCAUGUUCAACGGCAAUUACCAUGAUCCGGCGCAAAGAUCGCAAACCUAUCGUCUAACUGGAGUUGAUGGUGAGCUGUUGAAGAAACUGGCCCAAAUCUUCGACUUUCGCAUCAAUCUGUUGCCACCCUGUCAGAAGGAGUUACGCGAAAACUCCGAUGAUUGCUUUCAGCAGCUGUCGGACUUCAACUCCUCGGUGGCAAUCGGCGCACUGAGUGCCUCCCUAAAGCAUCGGGAUCGUUUCUCCACCACUUGCGCCUAUCAUCAGAGUGCUCUGGUCUUUGUCGUCCGGGUAGAGCACAAAAUUGGAGCGGUUAAUCAGCUGGUGCAGCCGUUUUGUGGUACCGUCUGGUUAUCCUUGAUUCUCAGCUGUCUGUUGGCUCUGCUGUUGCAGUGGGCGUGGCGCAGGCGUAGGCGCUGUCAACGCCUCGAUGUUUUGUGCAGUGCCUUACAUGUGCAUACGACCCUACUGGGCAACCCUGUUGAGGUACCAGCUCUACCGCAUAGAAGUGAAGUGAGAUGCUUAAUUGGUGCUUGGCUUUUACUCGCCUUGGUCUUGAGAGUUGCCUAUCAGGGCAAACUUUAUGAUGUUUUUCGGCUACCCUAUUAUCCUCCAGUGCCGGAGAGCAUUUCCGAUUUACUCAGUGGCAACUAUACCUAUCUGGCUUCGGACUAUGCGGACUAUUUUCCAAGAGAUCGCACUCGAUUGCGUCCGUAUAGCUUUCAAGAGCGUUUCAAGGAAUUGGAGGCUGCUCCUGCUGACUCAAAGUUCACUACGAAUUCCUUACUGGAUAAUCUGGCCCAUUAUAAUCAACUCAACUGGCAUACAAGUCGCUUGACCCACGUCCGGGAGCACAUCUAUCUCUAUCAGCUGGUCAUGUAUCUGCGACGUCACUCGAUUCUCAAGUUCGCCUUCGAUCGCAAGCUGAAACAACUGCAAUCGGCGGGCAUUGUCGGGUAUAUUAAUCGCAAUUUCGUCGAGUCUCUAUUUCAUGCACCCUACACACGGCUCUCCCAUGAGGUUGUUCCUAUACGUCUCGAGUUGUUUUGUGGCUUGUACUUUGUCUGUCAGAUGAUGAUGUUGGUUGCUCUAUUUAUCUUUUUUCUUGAACUCUUGAGUCUGCGCUUGUAUUGGUUGAGACGUUACUUUGUCUAG